CUUUCACUUUCGUCUAUAUUUUUCUCUUCUAUACUCAUUGACUAUAAUCUUUACGUUCACCCUCAUAUGCAUAAAACUAGUUGUGUGUGCUAUUUCUCAACUCCAUCCACUUGAGAAACAAGGAAAUGAAGAUCUUCAACUGGGUUCGUCGGUUUAAUCACAAAGAUGAAGCUGGCCAAGGUGCCACAAAUGAGGUUACUCAAAAUGGGAAGGACAGCAAGCUCAUACUGCUUGAACAUGUAGCCUUUGAUAGUGUGUUUGAUGGUUGGAAAGAAGGCAUACUUGCUAUUGGAACAUUAGGAUUUGAUCCUGCAUUAUUGAAAGGUUCAGAGCACAAAGAAGACACUUAUUUGUGUGAAAUCAGUCGUAAAGAGUUAUUUGUUGCUGACAAUGGUGAUGAGGACCAUAAUGGAGAGCAGGAACUCGAAAUGGAAUUUCCAUUGGUGUUAAAAGCUUGUAAGCAUGGGUUCUUUCAUGAUCAGAAAGAUGAUCACCAACAAUGUGAUGAAGUUUCUAAAACUGAUGAUCGUAAAGAUGUGGAGGAUCUGGAAGGUGUAGAUGUUGAUGAUGUUAAAAGGGCAAGGAAGAUUGGACAAAGAACCACUCUAGCCGAUCUAUUUUCGGCUGAUUCAGAAACGAAUUUGUUGAAAAACAAAUGGUUGGCUAAUGUAGAUCAUGUCAAUGGUCAUUUCCAUACUACUGAAUCCAACAAAAAGCAUGCUUCAAAUGAUGAUAGGGUGGCCUUAAUCUCUAAUACGAAGCUCACUACUAAAGACAAUACAACUCACAUCAUUAAGAAAAUAAACAGAAUGAUGAAAAAGAUUUUAAAGAAGAAGAUACAUCCAGACGUUGAGAAUCAAAAUGUGGUUGCAUGUGUGAAGCCUAUGCGCCUACCUGGAUCAUAAAGACCGCAUAAUAGUGGACAUGGAGGAAAGCACUUGCCAGUAUGUGUUGCAGAAAGUUAUUGAUUUGGUUGCUUGGUUAAUUUAUGAUUGGUUUUCCAGUUAAGAUUGUGUUCUAUGUUGCUUUCAUGUUCUUGUUCAUCUGUUUCUUUGUCUUUAAUUUCUUUAAAUCCAUGGAGUGAACAGUUGUAUGUCAUGGACUUAUUAUUUUUCCUGUUUACUUCUUUGAUGCA